AUGACUACUGCUCAGCUCCUGCACUCCAUCAGAAUCCGGAAAGCAGCUAAGGAAACUGCUUUCCCAUCCCAUGUUACUAAUGAGUGUGAGUCACUGACAAUGGUGAAGAAACUUUUUGCAACCUGCAUCUCUUGUAUAACAUAUCUAAGGGGCCUCUUUCCGGAGAGUUCUUACGGAGAACGCCGUUUGGAUGAUUUCACUUUAAAAAUCCUCCGGGAAGACAAAAGAUGCCCUGGGUCUCUGCAUAUUAUCAAAUGGAUUCAAGGUUGUUUUGAUGCCUUGGAAAAGAGAUACCUACACAUGGCAGUACUUACACUUUACACAAAUCCCAAUGAACCUGAGAAAGUGACUGAGAUAUAUCAGUUCAAGUUCAAAUACACAAAAAAAGGAGUUACUAUGGAUUUUGACAGCAGUAAUUCAAGCUUUGGAAGUCGAACAAAAGGUGAAGAUAUCAAAACAGUCAGUGUUCUCCUAAUCCGUAAACUGUACAUGCUGAUGCAAGACCUGGGACCCCUUCCUAAUGAAGUGCUACUUACAAUGAAACUCCACUACUAUAAUGCAGUGACCCCACAUGAUUACCAGCCCCCUGGUUUUAAAGAAAGCAGGAGCUCAAACCUCCUGCUAUUUGACGGGGAGCCUGUCAGCGUUCAGGUGGGGUUCGUCUCCUCUGGCUUUCACAGCAUGAAAAUAAAAGUAACAACCGAGGCCACCAGAAUGCAUAAUUUGGAGAACAAUCAGUCUUAUAAGAGCAACACUACUGAGAUUGUCCAUCAGGGUCUAGACUGUGAAGAAGAAGAUGAAGAAGAGGAGGAAGACAAUGAUCAGGUGAAAUCCACUGUCUACCGGCUGUUGUCUUAA